AUGGCUAAGUUCACUUCAUGGGUUCCCCUUUGGGUGGUGAGUAUGACGGUUAUGUUGUUCGUGUCGAGAGGGCAAGAAUCGAUCGGUGAUGGAGAUGAUAACGGGGUGAUUUUUGGGAAAAGUGGUGGUUCAGAAAUGGUUCCGGCAAUGUUUGUUUUCGGAGAUUCACUUCUCGACAAUGGAAACAAUAAUAAACUUCGGUCUUUCGCAAAAGCUAACUAUUAUCCUUAUGGUAUUGAUUUUGAAGACGGACCUACUGGUCGAUUUUCCAAUGGCUACACCAUGGUUGAUGAAAUUGCGGAGUUAUUAGGACUGCCGUUGAUUCCACCAUACUCAGGAACCUCCCCCGAUGACAUGCUUCACGGAGUCAAUUAUGCCUCCGCCGCUGCCGGAAUCCUCGACAUCACUGGUCGGAACUUCAUAGGGAGAAUUCCAUUCGACAAACAGAUAAACAACUUCGAGAAAACGUUAGAUCAGAUAACGGGAAAGAUGGAAGCAAUUAGUAUGGCAGAUGAGCUUUCUCGAUGCAUAUUUUUCGUGGGAAUGGGAAGCAACGACUAUCUUAACAAUUAUCUUAUGCCCAAUUACCCCACUCGCAAUAAGUACAAUGGACAACAAUAUUCCGAUUAUUUGGUUAAACAGUACUCUCGUCAACUCACCAGAUUGUACAGCUUGGGAGCGAGGAAGAUAGUACUAUCGGGUUUAGGAUUAAUGGGAUGCAUACCGAGCAUUCUAGCAAAGAGUCCGAUUGGGCAAUGUUCUGACGAUGUUAAUAAACUAGUCCUUCCAUUUAACGACAAUGUCAAGGCAAUGAUCAGCGAACUUGGCAUGAACCUUCCCGGUUCUCAAUUCUUAUACGUUGACAUUCACCGAAUAUUUCAAGACAUACUUACAAACUACAAAUCAUAUGGAUUUAGCGUCAUAGAUAGAGGGUGUUGCGGGAUUGGUAGGAACAAAGGACAAAUAACAUGCCUUCCGUUUCAAACUCCUUGUACAAACAGGAAAGAGUAUGUGUUUUGGGAUGCGUUUCACCCAACUGAUGCGGUUAAUGUUCUUAUAGGGAGAAAGGCAUUCUCCGGUAACAUGUCUGUCGUUUAUCCCAUGAACAUCCAGCAACUUGCGAUGAUCUAA